ACAUUUACGUUCGUUUUAUGUUUUUUUUUUUUUUUUUUUUUUACCUUACUUGCAAGUUGUUCGAGCCAGAUAUUAAGCUCUGCUAGCACACAAUGUUUUUAUUCUUAUUCUAUUGUUUUCUGAUUGGUAUUUGUAUUUGUAGGAAGUUCUGGUGGUCGCAUGCAGCACGUCAUAUGGAAAACGAGCCUAUUUCUUCUGCCUGGGCCAGAUAAUGAAGUGCUGCCUGCAACAACAGAGUUGGUCCAAAUGGCCAAACAUGGACUUGGAAAACCUGCACAUGAGUCCCCCUGCACAAGAGUGAAGUCAAAAAUUGAUCUAAACUGGAGUUUAUCUGAUUUGAAUAAUUUCAUAUGUCAAAGUUAUCCAAAAUUUAACUUAAAUUUAGUGGGGUUUCAAUUGGCACGGACUGGGAAGGGAAGGAAGAUACAAAUACUAAAAGUGGCCUCAGUACAAGAACUAAAGAAAUCAGUGGGGAAAAGCCGACUUUACAUCAUCCCACAGGGCCCCAUUUUGCAGAUUACUCAGACUACUCCAUCCGAUGAACCAGUCUCUGUUGAUGAACCAGUCUCUGUUGAUGAACCAGUCUCUGUUGAUGAACCAGUCUCUGCUGAUGAACCAGUCUCUGUUGAUGAACCAAUCUCUAUUGAUGAACCAAUCUCUGUUGACGAGACAGUGAGUCCCCCAAGGGAAGUUCGGGAUCAGGCUUUGCAAGAAUGGAGAAGGUUAAGAGAAGAACAGGACAGAGACUACAAUCAAUCUUUAAUUGCUGAUCAAGAAAGCAGAAGGAGGAGGUUGGCUUUUGAGGAAGAUGAGAAAAACCGUCUUAAGGAGAUUCUAGGCCAGGAAAAUCAUGAGUCCCCUACACAAUCACUGUCUCAACCUGAGGAGAUUCAGGAGUCCCCUGCACAUUCCCCGGCUCAGCUUACCACAGAGGGGCCACUGGAUAUUUUCCCAGUUGAACCAUCCCCUCCAGUCAUUAUUAUUGACGAAGGGCCUGGUCAAAGCGAACCCCUGGAUAUUGAGGAGUAUGAACAUUAUAUUCCAUAA